AUGUUAGCCAUCUCAGAGUACCCGUUAAUCCGGAACAUGGUGGCGGUGUUGGAAGUCAUCUCCAGUCUGGAGAAAUAUCCCAUCACCAAAGAGGCGCUGGAGGAGACACGGCUGGGGAAGCUCAUCAACGACGUCCGAAAGAAGACCAAGAACGAGGAGCUGGCCAAGAGGGCCAAGAAGCUGCUGCGGAGCUGGCAGAAACUCAUCGAGCCCGUGCACCAGGGUGAGGCGGCUCUGCGUGGGCUGUCUGGUGCCCCAGGAUCUGCCAACGGGGGUGCUCACAACUGCCGCCCUGAGGUGGGAGUGGCCGCGGGGCCCCGGAGCAUCCAUGACCUGAAGAGCCGCAAUGACAUCCAAAGGCUGCCCGGGCAGCGGCUGGACAGGCCAGGCAGCCGCAAGCGCCGUGGGGACCAGCGGGACCUGGGCCACCCUGGGCCACCACCUAAGGCCACCAAGGCUAGUCAUGAGCCCCUGGCCCCCAACUCAUCCCCCCUGCCCACCAAUGGGAUCAGCGGGAGCCCAGAGAGCUUCACUGGUCCACUGGAUGGCAGUGGGCACACGGGCCCUGAGGGCGGCCACCUGGAUCCUGGCGAGAACGACAAGCACAGCAACUGGAUCCCCAUUCACCCUGUAAGGCCCAACACCAGUUCUCCGGGCCCGGGCCUGGGGGUCAAGGCCGCUGCGCUGCAGCCACUGGACAGGGUGGACGAGACCCCAGGGCCACCCCACCCCCGGGCACCCUCCCGCUGCUCCUUCAGCCCUCGGAACUCACGGCAAGAGGGCCCCGUGGCCCGGCAGCGGGGCAUGCAUGUGCCCAAGGGCUCUGCGCCCAGCUCCUCACCGCGGCUUCUAUCACUGGAGGCCACGCAGGCGCCCACGCCGCUCCCAUUGGCACAGCCUCUCACGCCCCCCGUCCGGCGGCUGGAGCUACUGUCCAAUGCAGAAAGCCCAGGAUGCUGGCCUGACCAGCCAGAGGGCCACCAGAGGCUGGCAGGGCCGGGCUGCAAGGCAGGGCUGCCACCAGCUGAGCCACCACUACUCUUGCGAGCAGGCCUGUCCCCAGACUCCUCUAGGGUGGACAGUGAUGCCGCCUCCUCUGGUGGCUCGGAGAGCAGGAAGAAAAAGCGAUACAGACCACGAGACUACACAGUGAACUUGGAUGGGCAGGGGCCUGAGGCAGGCGUCAAGCCUGUGAGGUUAAAAGAGCGCAAGCUCACCUUUGACCCCAUGACGAGACAGAUAAAACCUCUGACCCAGAAGGAGCCCGUGCAGGCAGAGAGCCCUACGCGCCCCGAGCCCCCUCGGACUGAACCGGACGCACAGGAGCCCAAAGGCGGCCUUCAGAGCCCUUUUGAGCAGACAAACUGGCAGGAGCUGUCGCGCAAUGAGAUGAUCCAGUCCUACCUGAGCCGACAGAGCAGCCUGCUGUCGUCCUCGGGCGCCCAGACGCCAGGCGCCCACCACUUCAUGUCCGAGUAUCUGCGACAGGAGGAGAGCGCCAAGCGACACGUCGCCCGAGACACACACGUGCUGGCACCACACAGCCCGCCUGCGGACCUGCCGGGGUGCACGCGGGAGGUCACGCCGGCCGACCUGGAGCGCAUCCAGGCCCACCAGUGGCCGGGCGUGAACGGGUGUUUUGACACACAGGGUACCUGGUAUGAUUGGACGCAGUGCAUAGCCCUCGACCCACAUGGUGACGACGGGCACCUGAACAUUCUGCCUUAUGUCUGCUUGGACUGACUGCCGGGUGGGCGGA